UCUGGCAGGCGUGGGAUGCCCUCGCCCGCCCCAGAAGCCAGAGGCGUCACCGAGCCUUUCCACGCCACCAGCCCGAGGAAAGAGAGGGGGCGGGGACCUGGCAGCAACUAGGCUCAGGACUGGGAGCCAGGAGAGCAGGGCGCCUCCCCGCCUUCGCUGCGGUGACCUCCGCGGUCCUAACAGGCGCUCGCCCUCCGGUUGCGUCCGCCCCAGGACGCCGACGCCAAGUCCCCUCGCGACCACCUCCUGGAGUUGGCACUCCCUUCCUCCUCGCUUGCCCCUCCUCCGCCUCUUCCGUUUCUCAAGGAAAGGCUGUAGCCUCCUUCUGGGCUCCGCAUCCCCGCUUAGGUAAUCCUCUUUCCUGCUUACACCACCCCUCCCCUGUGUCUCCGCGCCAGCGUCUCCUCUGCGCAUCUGGGUCCCGGCAAGCGGCGCGCGCUCCAUCGCCUCCGGGGAGGGCAGCUGAGAGCCAGAGGGUGGGUGAGGCUUCAGAAAUGUCAGACAUCCUCCAGGAACUGCUCCGAGUCUCGGAGAAGGCUGCUAACAUCGCCCGGGCGUGCCGGCAGCAGGAAACCCUCUUCCAGCUGCUCAUCCAGGAGAAGAAAGACUCAGAGAAGAACAAGAAGUUUGCAGUAGAUUUCAAGACCCUGGCGGAUGUGCUGGUGCAGGAAGUUAUAAAACAGAACAUGGAGAAUAAGUUUCCAGGCUUGGGGAAAAGAAUUUUUGGAGAAGAAUCUAAUGAGUUUACAAAUGAUUUGGGAGAAAAGAUCAUUGUAGAACUGCAGUCCACGGAGGAGGAAACAGCAGAACUUCUCAGCAGAGUCCUUAAUGGCAACAUGCUGGCGUCCGAAGCGUUGGCUAAGGUGGUGCAUCAGGAUGUAGACUUAACUGACCCCACUCUGGAGGCCAUGGAGAUCAGCAUCCCACAGGACAUUCUGGGAAUUUGGGUGGAUCCCAUCGAUUCAACCUAUCAGUAUAUUAAAGGUUCUGCCAACGUGAAAUCCAGCCAAGGAGUUUUCCCCAGUGGGCUUCAGUGUGUGACCAUUUUAAUUGGCGUCUAUGAUGUACAGACAGGCAUGCCCCUGAUGGGAGUCAUCAACCAGCCUUUUGUGUCACAAAACCUAACUACUCUAAGGUGGAAGGGACAGUGCUACUGGGGCCUUUCUUACAUGGGGACCAACAUCCACUCCCUGCAGUCCUCCGUCUCUAAAGGGAGCAGUAGUGAAACCCACCCUGAAAACUUAGACCCGGAGUUCUCCCGCCCCUUUUCUGCAGUCAUCAGCACUAGCGAAAAAGAGACCAUCAAAGCCGCGCUGUCCCGAGUAUGUGAAGGUGGCGUCUUCUCCGCAGCUGGGGCUGGCUACAAGAGCCUCUGCGUAGUCCAAGGCCUGGUUGACAUUUACAUCUUCUCAGAGGACACCACAUACAAGUGGGACUCCUGUGCUGCUCAUGCCAUUCUGAGGGCCAUGGGUGGGGGCAUUGUAGACAUGAAAGAGUGCCUGGAGAAACGUCCCGAAACGGGGCUGGACUUGCCACAGUUGCUGUAUCACAUGGAGAACAGAGGUGCUUCUGGGGUGGAUCUCUGGGCCAACAAGGGAGGACUGAUUGCGUAUAGGUCCAGGCAUCGGCUGGACACCUUCCUGAGCUGCCUCAUCCAAAACCUCGGGCCAUUGAAGACAAAAACAUAGGAGUCCGACUGCAACUCGCGCUUUACUCGCGCUUAAGCUGAACUGAACCCCUUCCUGUUAUCUCUAUCUUUCAAAGAUAGUUUUGUCUUACUGGUUAACGUUCACCUUCCUUUUUUGAGGAACAUCUUCUCAUUAUGUGUUCAUAAUGUUAAUUUCAGUAAAUUAAUGACAUUCAUGUUACAACUAAGUUGGUAUAUGAUGUUCUUAUAGUGAACAUUGCUCUUUGUUCUGUUCAUGUUGGCUUGUGGAACCCUUCCAAUAAAAUACCAAGGGAAGAGUAAAAGUA